UUUAUACUUCCUCCAUCUCUCUGUUGAAUUCGGAGCUAGCGAGUGGAAGCGUCCUGUCCCGGGGGGCUGUGACCGCCGCCGCCUCCGCCAUGGGCUUGGCUCAAGCAGACGAACGGCCUUCUUUCUCUUCGCCAUCCUUCGCGCCGUUCUUUCGUCAGCAGUCUUCGUCAUUGUCAGCAUUGUAAUCUCACCCUUUUUUGUUCCUUCACAUCCCUUUCUGUCUCUUCCCAUCUCCGACUCAUUCUAUCUCUCUCUCUCUCUUUUGUUUUCUCGCCACCUGAUAUGACAGCAUCUCGACCAACCACCUGCACCAUUGACGCCUUGCAACCCCACCAUCACCGUCCUAUCGCGGCUCCGGCCUGACGACCGCCCCAACAUAACACCCUACACGCCCCCGCGCAACGAGUCACAGCGAGAGAUCCGAGAUAAACAACCAGACACCGCGAGGACUCGAAGACUGCGCCUCUGCACCCGACAAGAUGCUUCGCAAGAAGGAGGUGUACACGACCAUCACGCCAAUUCCCGGCUUCAUCCCCCGCCAGCUCGCCAUCGACAUCCUGCACUCCCACUCCGAGGUCAUCACCCUCAACCCCCUCGUCCUCGACCACAAGCCCAUCAAGGCGCCCCGCGAUGCCGCCUCGGACGAGUACUACUCGACCUGGUACGAGAUCAGCCAGCGCAUCCAGUACAUCCCCGGCAUCGGCAAGAUGGGCUCCGGCAAGAUCAGCUUCAACGGCUGCUUCCACGACAUGCCCUGGGGCCUGCAGACCCACACCUACGCGCCCAUGAACAUCGACAUCCGCAUCAAGUACCGCAUCGACGGCAACCAGCCCGGCAUCGAACCCCCGCAGCCCCCCGAGAUCGGCAUGUCCGGCCUCGGAGUCCCCGCCGACGGCCUCUACCUGCGCGAGGACAUUGAGAUCCGCUGCAACGUCACCAUGGUCGCCUUCGUCAAGACUCAGCAAAAGGCCGCGAGCAAGGAGAUGGUGUCGCGCAUCAUCAAGAAGGCCGAGCUGCUCGACGCCGGCGUGCUGCAGGCCAUGAUCGAGGACGGCAAGCUCAAGACCUUCAACCCGGCCGAUCGCACCAACACGGCCGCCCAGUCCGGAAUGCGCUCCCCCACCUUGCGCCACCAGCGCCCCGACGGCAGUCCGAGACCCGAGUCGUACUCUCCUUCCAACGCCUACCAUGUGCCGAGACCCGUGUCGGCGCAGCAGAACCUCAGACCUGGAUCGCAGGGCGGCUAUGGCCACCAGUACGGCCACCAGUACAGCCAGUCGGCCGAGCUGCAGUCCCACACGUACCAGAGCGCGCCCCAGACGUCCUUCGUUGCCGAAUUACCGGGCAACUUUUACCACCCGAACCCGCAGCAGCAGCAGCAGCAGUCCAACAACUCGCAGCCGUCGCCCGGCCUGCACCCCGACCGCGACUCCAUGUCGCAGCAGUCCCAGCUGUCGCCUGACCCCAACUCCUGGCGCUGGUCCCAAGGCCAACGGAGCCCCUCGCAGCAGAGCUCGCGCCCGACGAGCAUGGCGUCGUCCGAGGCGAGCAGCGGCUUCGCAAGCCCCUCGCUCGACCACAAGGGCUUCUCGUCCGAGCUGCCCACGCACCCCGAGACACAGGAGGAGCACCGCGGGAACCCCACCAAGGCGAUGGAGGCGUCGAGGCACCGGGUCAACGGCCCCCAGGCCUACCAGGCCUACCAGGCCUACAGCUAUAACCCUCAGGACUAUGCACCGCCGGGACGGUAGUCGGCCGUCGCAGCCGACACUCGUAAU